GGAACUGCAGGCGGCCCCGCGCGGCGGCGGCGGUUGGGACAAGAUGGCGGCGCUGGGCAGGCAAUAUGGGCUCAUUAUGCCCAAAAAAUUGCCACAGAAAAAUCUCGUUUCACAGAAACUGUCAGUGUUUGCAGAUGAAUCUGAUGAAGAGCCAUCUGUUGGUGAAAGUCUUCAGAAAGAAGCAUUGAAAAAACAAGCAAUGAAGCAGACUAAAUUGGAGAUUCAGAAGGCUUUGGAGGAAGAUGCUACGGUGUAUGAAUAUGACAGUAUUUAUGAUGAAAUGCAGCAGAAGAAGAAAGAAAGUAGUGCCAGAGUGUUAUCUGGAAAAGAUGACAAAAAGCCCAAAUACAUCCAAAAUAUCCUGAAAGCAGCUGAGAUUAGAAAGAAGGAGCAAGAGAGAAGAAUGGAAAGAAAAAUUCAGAAAGAGCGUGAAAUGGAAGGAGGAGAGUUUGCUGACAAAGAGGCUUUUGUGACUUCAGCAUAUAAGAAGAAGCUGCAAGAAAGGGCUGAGGAGGAGGAAAGAGAAAGAAGAGCAGCAGCUCUCGAGGCGUACCUGGAUGUGACCAAACAGAAGGAUCUCAGUGGAUUCUACAGACAUCUUUUAAACCAGAGGGUGGGGGAAGAAGAGAUGCCUAAAUGCAGCUUCCGUGAAGCCAGGAUAAAGGAAGAAAAAUCUGACAGUUCUUAUGACGAAUCCAACCAAAGGAACAAAUGCCUGUCUGAAGGAGAAAGGCUGAAGCCCUCUACUAAGAAAGAGAGUAAUCCAGAUGCUGAUACUGACUUAGAAACUGAUAGUAGUGAUGAUGAUAAGAGACACAAAAAUAGUAAAGAAAAUUUGAAAAAGAAGAAAAGUAGAGAGAGCUCUGAGAGCAGUGAAGAGGAAGCUAAACGUCCCAAGAGCCAGAGGCGUUCCAGGUCACAGAGCUCAUCCAGUGUGGAGGAAGAGCUGCACACAAAAGCUCAAACAAGUCAUCUUACAAAGAGGGGAGAGAACAGAUCAAGCAGAAGGGGAAAUGAGGAACAAUCCAGGGAAAAAGAUUAUGAGAGAAGUAGGACCCAUGAAAAGGAUCAUCCAAGGGAAAAGGAGGAGCGACAUAGAUACGGGGAUCACUCUAAUAAAGAUCACUACAGAAGGAGGGAAGAGCAAGAUGAUAAACAAAGGAGGAAGGACAGAAAAGAGAGGGAGGGACAUGGCAGAGAGUGGAGGAAGGCAAUGGAGAGAGAUGAAAAGGGCUCAGAAAAGGAACGAGAGAAAGAAAGAAUAAGAAAUGGUAAAGAUAGGUACAGUGACAAAGAGAAGGAGAGAGGGGAGAAAUGCAGAGACAAGGAAGAUCAUGUGAAGGAGAGGAGAGAAAAACAUGGUAGUGAUGAAAAGAAAUACAGAGAGGUGAGGGAAGGUAGUCCUACAUCUUCAGAAAAAGGUGGGGGGACUAGUCUGGAAAAAGAGAUGAAGGGAAAAGAGAGGGAGAUGGGUGAAAAGGGAAGAUCCAGCUCUGGAAUUUUGUCUGAGCAGAAACGUAAAGCUGGAGAAGAAGGGGAGAAAGAGGAGAAAGACCAAGCAGCAAAACCCUCUGAGAGCAUGAGCAAAUUUGCCAAACGGAGCAACGAGGAGACAGUCAUGUCAGCCAGGGACCGCUACCUGGCAAGGCAGAUGGCCCGGGUCAGUGCCAAGUCUUACAUCGAGAAGGAAGAAGAUUAAUGUCCCUGUGGUGGACAAAAAUGCUUCACCUCUCAACCAAGAGGAAAAGCCACUGCUGCAUGGAGUUUUACAGAAUUAAAACAUCUCAGUACUUCCCCUGGCAGACCCUAUUCCUUUCAGCAGCUGAAAGUGAGCUCUGCUGAAGCAAAGAUGUUCUCAGCCCUUAGCAGGAGUCGUUGUUUGCCCAGUGAUGCUCUCAAAACUUGAGAACCACACCUACAAAAGUGGGGAAAAAGCAAGAAAAAACAGACUGAAAAAUAACCUAGGAGGUGUUUUGUAAGCAUAUUGACAUAAGAAUUUUGUAUUUAUGUGUGGGCUUUGGUUUGGGGGACCUGAUGUACAGAAACAAAUAAAGUGUAAGAUACAUACUA